CGAUAACUUAUACCUUCCACAUUUUAACCCGCAGCGUUCUUUUCUUAACGAGCACGUGUGGCGACUGGUAAUAUCCGCUAGAGCAAGGGUGUAUAAAAAUAUGUAACAAUAUGUCGGAAACUUCAGAAGAUGAGCAAGCGCAGUUAGCGAGCGAAGAAGAGAUAAGCGGUGAGGAAGAAAUUGAAGAGGACGCAGAAACUGACGCUGACAAUGCUGAAGAUCAAGACACAAGUGACCCUGAUGAAUCUGACGAGGAAAAAGAGGCUCCCAAAGACGAACAACCGCUGACCUGGAAAGAUCUUGGGCUUAACGAAACGUUGUGCAAAGCGUGCGAUGAGCUGAAAUGGAAAGCGCCCUCGAAAAUUCAAAAGGAGGCAAUACCUGUUGCACUGCAAGGCAAAGAUGUCAUUGGGCUGGCCGAAACCGGCUCUGGCAAAACGGGGGCAUUUGCACUGCCCAUUUUACAUGCUCUGCUUGAGAAUCCACAGCGUUAUUUUGCCCUGGUGUUAACCCCCACGCGUGAAUUGGCUUUUCAAAUAGGCGAACAGUUCGAGGCACUGGGCAGUGGCAUCGGCAUCAAAUGUUGUGUGGUGGUCGGUGGCAUGGACAUGGUAGCACAGGGCUUGCAGCUAGCAAAGAAACCGCACAUAAUAAUUGCUACACCCGGUCGUCUGGUGGAUCAUCUGGAGAACUUGAAGGGCUUUAAUUUAAAGGCUAUUAAGUACCUGGUCAUGGACGAAGCAGAUCGCAUACUCAAUAUGGAUUUCGAGGUAGAACUGGACAAGAUUCUAAAGGUCUUACCACGUGAGCGUCGCACAUUUCUGUUCAGCGCCACGAUGACAAAGAAGGUUAAGAAGCUGCAGCGUGCAUCACUCAAAGAUCCCGUCAAGGUGGAAGUUUCCAACAAGUAUCAAACUGUGGAUCAGCUGCAACAGUAUUACAUCUUCAUCCCUGUUAAAUACAAGGACGUGUAUCUCGUACACAUUCUUAACGAAUUGGCUGGCAACAGCUUCAUGAUCUUCUGUAGCACUUGCAACAAUACAGUAAAGACGGCGUUAAUGCUGCGUGCCCUAGGCUUGGCAGCUAUACCGUUACAUGGCCAGAUGUCUCAGAAUAAACGUUUGGCUGCCUUGAACAAAUUCAAGGCGAAAAAUCGGUCCAUAUUGAUAUCAACAGACGUCGCUUCGCGUGGUUUGGACAUUCCUCACGUCGAUGUGGUGGUCAAUUUUGACAUACCCACGCACAGCAAGGACUAUAUACAUCGUGUAGGCCGCACAGCCCGUGCCGGUCGAUCUGGGCAAGCCAUUACUAUAGUCACUCAGUACGACAUUGAGUUGUAUCAGCGUAUCGAGCAGUUGUUGGGCAAGCAGCUGCCACUCUACAAAUGCGAAGAGGAUGAGGUAAUGGCGCUGCAAGAACGCGUAGCCGAAGCGCAACGUACAGCCAAACUGGAACUCAAAGAUCUAGAGGACAGUAAGGGCUAUAAGGGCGGCAAAGGCAAUAAGCGCACUGCUCCUGGCGAUAUUGAUGACUCCGAGCAGUUUACUGGCGCGCGGAAACGCAUGAAACCAAUGGGUAAGGGCAAGGGAGGAGCGGGUGGUGCCCGCGGCGGUGGGGCUAAAAAAAACUGGAACCGGGGCAAAAAGAGAAACUAGAUUUUAAGUAUUUAAG